AUGGCAACCGCACAGCAGGCUGCGUGGAGAAAAGCUCCUACUGCAGAGGAAAUUGCCAAUCGUCAGACUGUUGGCAUUAACAAGGAAACCGUCACAAACAUCACCUCGACUGAUUACCCAGGCCAUCACCCUGGCGAAGAUCUCGCGUUCACGCUCGAUCGUUUCCGCGAUGCGUUUUCCGUAAAAUUUCAUCAGAACGAUCAGUUCCUCGCCUCUUUCUCUCUUGUCGGACUCGACGCUUCGCUCGCAAACGCUUUUCGACGUAUUCUACUUUCCGAGAUCCCCACCCUCGCUAUCGAGAACGUUUAUAUCGAAAACAACACCUCUGUCAUUCAAGACGAGGUUCUCGCGCAUCGUCUUGGACUCAUCCCAUUCAAGGGUGGUCGUGAGGGUCUGCACAACUUCCUCAAGUGGCACAAGAAGCCAGAGGCUGGCGAGGAUCCUUAUGCCGGCUGUUUUGACUGGAACACGGUCCGCCUCGAGCUUAACGUGACAUGCACCGUCAAUGAGGACGCUUCGCCCGCUGAGAACGACCCUCUCAAAGCUUACCAUAACGCCCACGUUUAUGCGCGCGACAUCGUCUUCGUUCCUACUGGCAAGCAGGUCGAGUACUUCAGCGGCGAGGACGCCAUUGUGCCCACGAACCCAGACAUCUUGAUUGCCAAGCUACGACCCCGACAGACCAUUAAUCUCGCCAUGCAUAUGCACAAGGGAAUUGGAUCCGAUCACGCCAAGUUCUCUCCUGUCGCAACAGCCUCGUACCGUCUGCUACCUACCAUUACCAUUACCAAGCCUAUCCUGGGCGCUGAUGCCGAAAAAUUUGCCAAGUGCUUCCCCAAGGGUGUCAUCGGCCUCGAAAAGGUUACGGCUAAGGAAGCUGCUCAGGCUGGUAGCGGUUAUGAGGGCCAGGAGGGCGAGACUAAGGCCGUGGUUGUUGAUGCGAUGAAGGACACUGUCAGCCGAGAGGCUCUACGACACAAGGAGUUUGAGGGCAAGGUCAAACUUGGCCGAAGGCGAGAUCAUUUCAUCUUCUCCAUCGAGAGCACAGGGCAAUGGGAUAGCGAUGAGCUUUUUCUCGAGUCAGUUAAGCACCUCAAGCUUAAGUGCAAGAAGCUUGAGCAGCAAGUUAUCAACAUGGCGAGGUAG